CUUCAACUUUCAGCAGCAUUCCUCUGCUUUCUCCUCUCACACUUCAUUGGAAGAUCUUUUUCUUUAGAUUUUUGAGAGAUGGGUGUGAGUUCUAAUAGAGUAGAAGAUUUCUGUUACUCUCCAGACCUUGAAACAGCUCUCCCAAACUCAGCUUCAAUCCCACCUUUGGAAAUUCACAAGGUCAGCUUGCCACCCAAAAGGUCCACACUCCAGGCUCUAAAACAGAGGUUUUCUGAGAUUUUCUUCCCAGAUGACCCUCUCCAUCAAUUCAAAAACCAGACAUUCUUUAGGAAGUUGAUUUUGGGUCUGCAGUACUUCUUCCCCAUCUUCCAGUGGGGCCCAGAUUAUAGUCUCAAGCUGCUGAAAUCUGAUGUUAUCUCAGGCCUCACCAUUGCAAGCCUGUCAAUCCCACAGGGAAUCAGCUAUGCAAAGCUAGCAAAUCUGCCUCCAAUUAUAGGACUCUAUUCAAGUUUUGUCCCACCAUUGGUAUAUUCUGUUCUUGGAAGCUCAAGAGAUCUUGCAGUGGGUCCCGUUUCAAUCGCGUCUCUGGUCAUGGGAUCCAUGAUCAGAGAGAUGGUUUCUCCAGUCACGGAGCCAAUUCUCUACCUUCAAAUGGCUUUCACAUCUACAUUAUUUGCUGGUGUGUUUCAGGCCUCCUUAGGCGUACUAAGGUUGGGUUUUGUGGUGGAUUUCCUCUCAAAAGCGACGUUGAUUGGGUUCACGGCCGGUGCGGCAAUCAUAGUUUCUUUGCAACAGCUGAAAGGAUUGCUUGGGAUAGUUCAUUUCACUAAUAAGAUGGGAUUCUUGCCUGUAAUGCUCGCUGUUUUUAAGCACAGAUCAGAGUGGGCGUGGCAGACCAUUUUGAUGGGCUCCUGUUUUCUGGUUUUUCUGUUGACAACAAGGCAUAUUAGUAUGAGGAAACCAAAGCUAUUCUGGAUAUCAGCAGCAGCGCCAUUAACUUCUGUAGUCCUCUCCACCCUUGUAGUCUUCAUAUUCAAAGCUCAGAAUCAUGGCAUUCAAACUAUAGGGCAUUUGCCGGUAGGUCUGAACCCUCCAUCAGCAAACAUGCUUUAUUUCCAGGCCCCAUACUUGGGUCUUGCUGUUAAGACAGGGAUUGUAACUGGCAUCUUAUCUCUCACUGAGGGAAUUGCAGUGGGAAGGACAUUUGCUUCUAUGAAGAAUUACCAGGUUGAUGGAAACAAAGAAAUGAUGGCCAUUGGUUUGAUGAACAUGGCUGGUUCUUGCACAUCAUGCUAUGUGACCACAGGAUCUUUUUCCCGAUCGGCGGUAAAUUACAACGCCGGAUCGAAAACGGCGGUGUCCAACAUCGUGAUGGCAUCCACUGUGCUCGUGACCCUACUCUUUCUCAUGCCGCUGUUUUUCUACACGCCCAAUGUUAUUUUGGGUGCAAUUAUUAUAACGGCCGUGAUCGGGCUGAUCGACUUUCAGGCCAUAUUACGCUUGUGGAAGGUGGACAAGCUUGAUUUCUUGGCAUGCUUGAGCGCAUUGCUUGGUGUUCUAUUCAUUUCAGUUCAAAUGGGGCUUGCUAUAGCUGUGGGCAUCUCAAUCUUCAAGAUUCUCAUACAUGUGACAAGGCCGAAUAUUGUAAUCCUUGGGAACGUGCCAGGGACACAAAUCUUCCGAAAUAUCGGCCAUUACAGAGAAGCUUCUAGAAUUGCCUCUUUUCUCAUUCUAAGCAUCGAGUCUCCCAUCUACUUCGCAAAUUCGACGUAUCUUCAAGAAAGGAUUCUAAGAUGGGUCAGGGAAGAGGAAGAAAGAAUCCAAGCAGCGAAAGAAAAUGCACUGAAAUGCGUUAUUUUGGACUUGGCCGCGGUCACAACAAUCGACACAAGUGGCAUCGGAGCGCUGUCCGAGCUUAAGAAGAUACUUGAUAAAAGAUCACUUCAGCUCGUGUUGGCGAAUCCGGUCGGAGAUGUGUAUGAAAAGCUCUAUCUGUCGGACACCUUGGAUUCAAUCGGAUCGAACUGCAUUUAUAUGACGGUCGGAGAAGCCGUCGCAUCCAUCUCAUCCACGUAUAAGGAAAUGAUCUAAGUACUUUGUGAGUUAGAUGAUAAGGCCAACAAGGCAAUAAAACAAUGUAAUGUGUUUAAAGGUUUUGUUAUUUUGAAUUUUGAGCUCUUCUGAGAAGAAGUUUUGAGGGAAACAAUGAGAAAUUUUGCUAAAA